GCGGGAGCGCUGCGGGACGGGGAGCGGCCCCGGAGGAUGGGGCGAACGGCGGCAGGUGCCGGGCUGGGCACCGCGUCCCUCUGGAGCAGCCUCCUGCUCGCUGCCGGUCUUGCCCUCGACCCAGCAGCGCCAAUCUGCAACUGCUCAGAGCCCAUGGACUACCAGGCUUUCCGGGAGGCUCCKCUCCCUGAGAGCUGCUGCCUCAACUUCACCAGCUCCAACAUCACACACUUGGACUGGGGCGCACUGGUGGGGGUGCGGGGGCUGCGGGAGCUCUACCUCUCACACUGUGGCAUCACGGCCAUCAGCAACGCACAGGGAGUUCCUCCCGCCUUGGAGAUCUUACAUUUAAGUCACAACCUGCUGGAAAGUCUCCCUGGAAACUUUCUGGAAGAUGCCCCUAAUUUGAGGGUCCUUUAUCUGGACAGCAACCAGCUUCAGGAGCUACCCAGCUCCUUCCUGAAAGCAUCUUCCCAGGUCCAGGAGGUCUACCUGGGUUUCAAUGCCCUCACCUCCCUUCCUGACAGCCUUCUGAAGCCUUCUCUGCUCCAGCUUCAGCUCUCCAAUAACAGCUGGGACUGCAGCUGUGCUCUGCUCACCAGUCUGGAGGGUUGGUCCAACCAGACCGCUGAGGUUCUCUGCCACACACCAGAGCACUACCACGGCCUGGGCCUCUGGAGCAUCCGCCAGGAUGAGCUGUGCCGCUCACACAGCCUCACCGCCCUCUUCAUCUGCCUGCCCCCUCUCCUCAUCCUCGCCAGCGUCACUUGGUGCUUCUGCCGGCAGAAGAAAAAGACCAACUACAGCUUUCASAGCAGGUCCAGGAGCCACCGCGCCAUGGCAGAGAGGAGCAAUGUGCCGGUGUCUGCAGAGCCKCACCACUACAUCCCCUACGAGCUGCCUGCUGCUCCCUCCAAGACUGAGAAGAAAGUGCUGCUGGGGAAACAGGUUGUGCUGCAGCCCUUCGUGGAUCCACUGGAGAGUGGCAGAGAUCUCUAUGAGGAGGUGGAGAUACAGGUGGGAUCCCCCAGCAGUUCUCAGCUGCCAGCCCACGAAGGGCAGCCGGGCACCCCAGCACCACGGGCAGAGGAGCUGGGCAGUGAGCCAGAGGUGGACACUGUCAGUGUGAGUGAAGUCCUGAAGGACUCUGCUGACCGGGAGAAGAUGUACAUGAGUCAGUCAACCAGCUAUUACAACCUGGUACCUGGGAUCGAGCUGGACGACUCAGACAACCUGGAGUAUGAGACCAUUGACCUGCACUGAUGCCAGGACUUGGGCUGUGUCUGGGACACACCAGCAGGAUGGCAGGGGCUGGGCACGAGUGAAAGCUGGCAGAGCAGGAGAGGCAUGAGUUGUCUUGCUGUGGCWGUUUGCAAAGCUGCAACACCAAAUACCCAUCGCUUUCCCUGUGAACCCCUACCAUGUGAACCCCUCGCUUGCUGCAGCUUGGCAGGGGUGCAAGG